UUAAAAUCGAAGUGUACAAAUUUGGCAUAGCAAACGUUGGACUUUGGAAUUUGGAUGCCCUCUUUUUGUCUUUGUCGAAUACAAAACCGCUGGCUCUAAAUCGUCCCUUCAGAUCACACACUUCACACACACACACACAGCUUCAAUGGCCACUCUUCAUUCCUCAUCCUCUCUCCUAUUCACUUCUCCCACCUCCACCCAACAUCCUCCUCCUCUUCUCUCUCCUACUCCACGCCUCUCUCUCUCCUCCUCCACCUCGAACCACUCUAUCUCCCUCUCCAUCUCCCCUUCUUUCCUCGCACACCCGAAAACCUCCAGACGCCAUUCUCUCUCCUCAUUCAGGGUCAGAGCCGGUGCAGCAGAGAAGAAGAAGGUCCUGAUUGUCAAUACCAACAGCGGUGGCCACGCCGUCAUUGGUUUCUACUUCGCCAAAGAACUAUUGGGUUCUGGCCAUGAGGUCACCAUUAUGACUGUUGGUGAAGAGACCUCAGACAAGAUGAAGAAACCCCCAUUCAACAGAUUCUCUGAGAUUGUGAGUGCUGGUGGAAAGACGGUGUGGGGAGACCCAGCAGAAAUUGGGAAGGUUUUGGACGGAGCGGCAUUUGAUGUUUUAUUGGAUAACAAUGGCAAGGACUUGGAUGCUGUGAGGCCUGUGGCAGAUUGGGCCAAUAGUGGUGGUGUAAAGCAAUUUUUGUUCAUAAGCAGUGCUGGAAUCUAUAAGGCAACUGAGGAGCCUCCUCAUGUUGAAGGGGAUGUUGUUAAAGCUGAUGCUGGUCAUGUUGGAGUAGAGAAGUACAUUUCAGAUAUUUUCAGCAGUUGGGCAUCAUUCCGUCCCCAGUACAUGAUUGGUUCCGGCAAUAACAAAGAUUGCGAGGAGUGGUUCUUUGAUCGAAUCGUUAGGGGAAGGCCAGUUCCAAUCCCAGGUUCGGGAAUGCAGCUUACUAACAUCUCCCAUGUUAGAGAUCUAUCCUCCAUGCUCACUCUGGCAGUAGAGAAUUCAUCUGCUGCAAGUGGAAACAUCUUCAAUUGUGUGAGUGAUCGCGCUGUGACACUCGAUGGAAUGGCUAAACUCUGUGCUAAAGCUGCAGGCCUCCCAGUUGAAAUUUUGCAUUAUGAUCCCAAAGCAAUUGGUGUUGAUGCCAAGAAAGCUUUUCCUUUCCGUAACAUGCACUUCUAUGCAGAACCAAGAGCAGCAAAGGACAUUUUGGGGUGGCAAGCAUCCACAAACCUUCCUGAAGAUUUAAAGGAGCGGUACGAAGAGUAUGUGAAGAUCGGGAGAGAUAAGAAGCCCAUGAAAUUCGAGAUAGAUGAUAAGAUUUUAGAGUCACUCAAAGUACCUGUGGCUGUAUGAUCAUAACGCUUCCAAAAUAACUCAGUGUUUCAAAUUCCAUGUCUACUAUUCCACACCAUGAAUUGAGUUAACGAGAUGCAUUUGGCAGUUAAUCGGCAUACAUUCUGUACCUUAGCGUGUUACUCCUAAGAUGCAAUGUAUAUACCGAUCAAAAAAAAUAUGCAAUGUAUAUAGUAUAAUUUUGGUUAGUAUUCAAUAAGAGUAUAUAUAUAUUUUUGGAUC